GUUGGAACACUCUCAUUGAUUAAUUGACAUGUAAGAAAUUAUUCAUUUCAGGGAAUAGGGAGCAAGAAGAUAGGACCACUGUUUAACCUCCAGUUGGUUGCAAAAUCAAACUCAAAGAGGAAAUGGAAUCUGAGACCAACUCCAACAAACGCAAAAGAUUAGAUGAAGAAUCUGACGAAUCAAAGCAAGAGAAGAGACCUCGGCUGGACGACACCUUUAAAAAACAUGACGAAACUUUGAGAAACAAUAAUACAACAGCUGUAUCUAAGGCCCAAAAACCUUUAUUAGACAAUAUAAAUGACACAGAAUCCGAUGAAACUGAACAAGAUGAAUCAUACCGAUGUAUAACUGUAUCUGAAAGCAAGAAGGAGGAGAAAGAAAAUGCGGUUCUCAUUAACAUGCAUGCAAAGUCUGAUGCCUUUAUCUUGCCUGUUAUCGAAAACGAAAAAGAAGACAGCGCCAUUGAAACGACUGCUAGUGCACGAUCUUUAGAUUCUAGAGAUGAUCUAAAUGACGAUGAAGUACGCGAUUCUGAUGUCAUUUUAUCCCCAACAUGCGUAUCUGAAUCUAAGAAUGAUGAUCAAUCUAAAGGCAGAGAGACCAAAGCAGAGGAAGUCAAUCUAGAAAUUAAAUCAGAUACAGGAAAAGGUGGUGACAUUAAGUUUGAUACCAUCGAUGAUGUUCAAGAGGAAGAAGCCAGCCUUGAUAACUGCGUUGAACAUCAGAACCAAAUUAAUCUGCAAGAAACGGGUAUCUCUAAUAAAGGGCCCAUUUCACCUGUUGGGGUAUUAAAGGAUUCAAAUGUUCAAAUUCAACAAAGGGAUGUAUCAGAUGCAAAUUUAAUGGAAAAUGAAUGUAAAAAUUUAGUUUCCACCACGGAAUCAGAAAAUCAAAGCACUACAAGUGAGGCACCAGGGCAAGAAGAUAAUGCAAUAGAUGAAGAGAGAUUUUUAUAUAGGUUACUUAGACCAGGCGAGUCUUAUAAUAUGGGAAUUGAACCAAAGAACGUCUAUUCGAACACAUCUAUAAAUAACCACGUUGCCAACGGAUCGUCCAAUGGCUUGAAAUCAAGAUACAUAUCUUGCUCAAAAACACGCGAUGCAAUUAAUAGAUUCGCGUCUUAUAUCAAUCCGGCUUUACGCUUUCAGUUACGACACAUUGUCAGAAUUGACAAAACCAAACUCGAUGACGAUUGUGAAAUAUAUGAUCUCACAGAGGAAUCGGUCAGUACCAGGUAUCUUAAAUCUGAAUUUGCCAAAAGAUAUGCUCGUGAUUAUGCUGAAGUAUUACUUGCACCAUCACGUGAAAUACCUGUUUGGUGUUUUAUAUUAGCUGGAUCUGUGCAGGAUGGAAAAAUAAAUUGGAUUGCGUUAUGACUUUUUAUAACCGAUAAGUGUUUUUAAAAAAUAAGCAAGAAAACAAUAUUGUGUAAAAAAAAAAUUGAAUUGUUUUAUCAGAACGAGAAAAAAAAAUCACUUGCACAAAAUUUUAAAAGAAUACUUUAAAAUACGGCUUUUUCUAAUAGUAGACUGAGUACACGCACUAGACAUUGAACAUUGUAUUAAAUACCUCAAAAAUGAUUUGAAA